GUAGACCCCUAUUACACACAUUCUUCCUCUGUCAGCCGGCAGAACAGGAGCUAGAGGAAAGACUACAGUUCUCUGGCUGAGCUCUUUCUAAAAACAGCACUUGCCUAAUAAAGAUAUGGGGCUUGCGCGUACACUGUUGGCCUUUUCCACACUAUAAAUACUCUCGCUGGAGAUCAUACAGGGUUUGCCUGUUUCAGGUUUGUAUCUCGUACGCACUCUCUACAGCAGACAGGACGGAUAUUGACUCUGCAUUACAGGAUUGAAGGAGCCUAAUCUUCUCUAAGGAUGCCCAGAGUAGACGCAGACCUCAAGCUAGACUUUAAAGAUGUCCUUUUCAGGCCAAAGAGGAGCAGCCUUAAAAGCAGAUCAGAGGUAGAUCUGGUACGCACGUUUACAUUCCGCAACUCCAAACAGACCUAUACUGGGAUCCCUAUUAUUGCAGCUAAUAUGGACACUGUAGGUACAUUUGAAAUGGCAAAAGCUUUGAGCAAGCAAACAUUAUUUACUGCAAUUCACAAGCAUUAUUCAUUAGAAGACUGGAAGAAUUUUGCAUCUACGUCGCCUGAAUGUCUUGAGCACGUAGCAGCAAGUUCUGGAAGUAGUCAAGCUGAUCUUGACAAGCUGAGCAGCAUCCUGGAAGGCAUUCCUCUUAUUAAAUACAUUUGCUUGGAUGUAGCUAAUGGAUAUUCUGAACACUUUGUUGAGUUUGUGAAGAAAGUACAUGCCAAAUUUCCACAUCACACUAUUAUGGCUGGAAAUGUGGUUACAGGUGAAAUGGUGGAGGAGCUCAUUCUUUCGGGAGCUGACAUAAUAAAAGUUGGAAUUGGACCAGGUUCCGUCUGUACAACCAGGAUAAAAACAGGUGUUGGCUAUCCCCAGUUAAGUGCUGUGAUUGAAUGUGCAGACUCUGCUCAUGGAUUAAAAGGACACAUUAUUUCAGAUGGUGGCUGCAGUUGUCCAGGAGAUGUUGCCAAAGCAUUUGGGGCUGGAGCAGACUUUGUAAUGCUGGGAGGAAUGUUUGCUGGCCAUGAUCAGUGUUCAGGAGAAAUCACAGAGAAAAAUGGAAAGAAAGUAAUGCUCUUCUAUGGUAUGAGUUCAGACACCGCAAUGAAGAAGCAUGCUGGUGGAGUAGCUGAAUACAGGGCAUCUGAAGGCAGGACAGUGGAAGUCUCAUACAAAGGAGAUGUGGAGAAUACUGUUCGGGACGUCUUGGGAGGACUGAGAUCCACUUGCACAUAUGUCGGAGCUGCCAAACUGAAAGAGUUAAGCAGAAGGACAACUUUUAUUCGAGUUACUCAACAAUUCAACCAGAUGUUUUCUUAAUGUAUAUGCAGUCUCCAUAUUGUUCUCAGCAUAAAGCGUCCAGUUUUUAAUUCCACAAAACAUUUCCUUGGAAAGGGAUAAACAUUUUCCAGUAUUCUACUACAACCAAGUAAACUUAAAAGGCCAUACAUCACUGAAAAACUACAACCCUCAGCAUGCCACAAGUUGUCCAGGCAUGCUGACAGAUGUAGUUCUGCUACUGUUGGAGAUGCAGGACGUCACCAUAUUCUCCUUAUUUCUGUUUUCCAUCUUGCCAAACCUUCAGGACUUUAGUAACCGUACAUAGAGCCAGUUCAUAGACAGUGCAGACAGCAUCUAUGUAACAUAUUUUUAUUUAUUUUACAGACAAGUAUAUAUUUAUUUAUUUCCCAUUUUAGAAUCUUCUCUUUACUUUUACAGGUUGACUCACUAUUAUGAUUGUGCAUUGCCCUCAUUUACUAUUGAAAACUCGACAUGUUUUGCUGGGCCGUGCGCCAGGUGGUGGCGCACUGCGCCAGAAAUUCUGGCGAAGACAGAUUUUCUGUGCCAGAAAUGAGAAAAACCCGUCUAACUCUCCAUUUUACUGAGAAAACCUGAAAAAGGGGCGUGACCAUCAGGGAAAAGGGGCGUGGUCACGACAUUUUCAUAAAAAAAACAACAUAUUUACUAUGGUUUCCACAGAAAAUGUGGUGGAUUUGAGCUGAGGAAAACCCUACACAUCAGAGCAUGUGUAAAAAAUAAAAAGCAAAAUGUAGGGAAAAGUGGAAAAUGCCGUGGAAUUUUUUUUUUUUUUUUUUUAGGGAAUUAAAACCCACAAAGAAACCUACACUCCAUUCUUAGUAAAUCAGAGCCAAUAUAUGCAGUAACUUCUGUCACAGAAAUGUGCGUUCAUGUACUUAAACUACGUUAGAUCCGGUCUGCCAAUAGAUGGUCAUUGUUGGCCAUUUUGUGGCCUUAAAGGGAAAUUUCCCCUUAGAAUCAUGUUCAGAAACAUCAUGGGUCACGUCAUAUUAUGUGGUCAUGUUGUCAUGCCAUUGUCUCUGCCCUGGUGUCCUCGUGUUACCAUGCAAGGUUUUUUAAUUAUUUGUGGCAUCAAAACAUUGUUAUUACAUUUUAAAAGAGGAAUUUAUAAUAAUCAUAAUUUGUUUCACAAUGUUUUUCUUUUACACACUGGUAAAAAGGUUGAUAAAACAUACAAAAUAGCCAAUAAAACCUGCUAUAUAGAAUUUGUGCACAUUCACUUUUUUUC